AUGUUGAAAUUUAACAGACCAUCAAGUGCACCGAGCUCGAGGAAGCAGCAGACGAGGUCGAAGAGUAAUGAGAGAAAUAGAAAAGCACUCAGAACAGAAUUGGAAAAAUUGUCAGUCGAUCAUUUCAACGCGCUUUCACUUUCAAAGCCAAAGAAAAACGUCACCUGCCGUCCAGUUUCGGCAAAAGGACGAAUCUCCUUCCGGCCCGAAGUGGUCACCUCCGACGAUGGCUUCGAAGAAGAACUGAGCUGGCCCGAGCUGCCAGACCUCUGCGGCCUGUGCAACAAACUCGUCAUGGCGGCGACGAAAUGCACCGUGCUCAACGAGAGCUUUCACAAGAGCUGCUUGAACUGUGCCGACUGUGGCGAAAGUUUAUUGAGAAAUGAUUUCAAACGAGGAGAAGACAAACAGUUCUACUGCCAGCAAUGUCAUCUUUCCCGAUUUGCCAAAAAAUGCACAAAAUGCGAAAAGCCACUGAUAGGAAUGGCCUUGAAUGUCAACUCGGAACUGUAUCAUCCAAACUGCUUCAAAUGCGAUUCCUGCGACACUUUCCUUUACCACCAGAAGUACAGACAUCAAGGAGGAAUAUUUUACUGCAUUGGCUGCUAUGAAGAAAAUGUUCUGUCAACCUGCUGGUACUGUUCCGACAAAAUAAGAGCAAAUUCUUACGAUGGACUCAUUGAAGAAGUGAUUCUAGGGAAUCGCCAUUUUCACCGCAGAUGCUUCUCGUGCCAUGAAUGUGGGAACAACUUAUCGGACCCGAGCGCGGGCGGAUGCUUCGAACUUCAACAAUUCAUUUUCUGUAAAUCUUGCUUUCUCAAAACUGAUGAUAUUCCAUGUUAA